GGGCACUCGAAAAGGAGAUAGCUCCCACGUGGUUUUGCCUCUCCUAAAAUGGCUGCCACUGCAAGGCCACGUGGGCAAUCAAAAUGGCGGCCGUAAUGCGUUCCUGUUGCCUAGCGACAAUGAACACGUGCGAAAACACUUAACGCUAGCCCUUUAACACUGAAAAAUUCCAAAGCCUCAAGAGCAAAACCUGCAGGCAUUCCCCACGUACCCCUUAUGAACGUUAAUUAUUCCCCUGGUUUUCUCGCCAGUUAAGCUUAAAAGGGAGGGUUUGUAAAGUUACUUCCCACGUGGAAUGCCUAUAGUAAAAUGGUGGCCGCCCGGAAGGGCACAUGGGCGGAUGAAAUGGCGGCCGGGGCGCGCUGGUUGCCUGGCAACGGCGCAGCUGCUUCCGAGGCUUUCCAAGUCUAAACUUCCGCGCGAAAAUAAAACAGCCUGUAGAGGAAGCGAUGCUCUGUGGAAGCCACUCACCCCCUCAAUAAUGCUGCUGAAAUGAUUAUUUAACAAGAAAUUCUGCCCCUCACCCCAGCAAGAAAAUGAAACAACCGGCACAAAACGCAGCCCACUCUCCUCCCACAGCUGCCGUUCUGCCUAAUUGCACCACGCUCCCCUACACAAACCCCUAGCUAAAACCUGAAGCCCCAACAGCAAAACCUGAUUGGAUGGGUGCGCUGCGUCCUCAGUGGAAAUAACGAAGAGGAGGAACGUUCUUCCUUGAGCUCCUUGCAGAACAGGCAGUCAACAGCCGAGGGCAAGCAACGGAUCACAGCAGAAAAGGCUCCACAAAGUUGAAUAAAUUCCUCUGAAGGGGGCAUGCAGCAGCAGGCACGAGAAGCUCCUGAGGGCAGGGAACUUGCACCGAAACACACAGAGCUCCCUGUAAAACUGUAGACGUGAAAGAGAUGCUGGAAGGAAAGCACACAAACACACACACAGUGAUUUUAGCUCAAUUACAGCUCCGGUGUUAAACUGCAGCAGCUGGAAUGGAGCGCAAAGGGGGAAAACCCCAGAAGGAGAAAAGCCCCAAAUUGGUUUCAGCUCCAAAACUAGAGAUAACAACUCCUGAACAUCAAGCAGUUUAGAAAUCAAGCAACACCAGCAGCGAAUGCUGGAAAUUCUCUGUAAAAGAAAGGGAGCUUUUUCUGUGAAGCUACAGCAUAUUCCACGAGGUGCCCUGCAGCUCAAGAACAAAGGCAACAAAGAAGCAAGGCAGGAACGUUGGAGGCAACGCAGAUAAGAUCUCCGACAAACAGGAACAGCUGAUAUGCGGGAAACAAACGGGGGACUAGCCGGGGAAAAGAGGGCGAGCCCCCUCUGCGCCGGCCCUAAAUAGGGCAGAUACAGCCGGCCGGGAUUCCCCUGCUCUAGUGGGGGGUGGGCGUGAAGCCCGCAACCCCACCUCCUGGGCAGGCCGGAAGUGGCUUAGUUACUACGCAACUCUUCCCGGGAGCUUAAGGGCAAGCGGCGGCUUCUCCCUCUGCUACUACGCAUGCUCGGCGGAGAGGGCGCGUGAGAGCUCAUCAACGUCUAGGGGGAGCUAGACCUGGAAAAGAGGCUGGUUAGCCUUUGGCCCCGCUUGCAACUCUAUUUCAACCCCUUCGCCGCCCCCCAGUAUCAAUGCAGGACCCUUACGGUCCCUGCGGAUUCUGGCUCUGAACUCGGGGUAAGUGAGAGGCGGGGAAAGAGGGAAGGCGAAGGAGGAGGAGGAGGAGGAGGCUCCUUCUUCCACCCUGCCUGCUCUCCUUCUGUGCUUUGGCAAUGACAGCGGCGGCGGCGGUGGCGACAAAAAUGGGGGAGGGUCCUCUCUGCGGUCCGGUGGGUGGGGGGAGGUGAAAGGCUGCCCGCGCGCCCGAGGCGCCUCACGUGACUCUCCGAGGGGGGCGGGAGUCGAGCAAUGGGGGUCCCGAGGCGAGGUGGUCGGCGGAAGGCGCCCCCGCCGAGAGCCGGGGGCGCUGCGCAGGUGAAGUAGCGCUUGCGGGGCUUACCUUGCCCGGUUGGGUAGGUAAGGCGCCUGGAUACGUGCGCUGGCGCAGCCGUUGCUGGGGAGGCUCGCGCUCAAAUCCCAGCUGUGGUAAUUAGGCCAUCCUCGCAGGGGUGUCGCGAGGACCUAAAAUAAAAAUACAAUUAGGGUCGGCGAGACAUGCACCCCGCCUAUGCGUGUACAUAAAUACACACAUACACGCAACGAUUAAAUUCAUUUCUUCUAGAUAUUUGGUCUGAGCUUUGCAAGGGGUUAUUCCUUGCCUCUCACCAAUUCCCAAGCUGCAGUAAGCACCCAGACUGGCGUUGAGCUCAGUUUGGGGUGGAAGUGGUCAAGGGUUGGCACUUCGUGCAGAAGCAAACCACGGAGUGCAUUUUCCCCCAUGCGAAGGAGGGCUCUGCUUGCAUGCCGUUCAGAGAGGUUGAUGAAGGGGUUAACGGUUUCUAACAGAUGUCAUGCCAGCCUGUGACUUUGCCCCCGGUUAUCAGAAGUUUGACAACUUUGUUAGAUUAAAUAGAUAUAAGAAAAGUUGUUAUAAUAGGGCUUACACUAAUGUAACUAGGUGUUACAUUGUAAUAUAACUAAUGUCACAGAAGAGCAACUAGUAUACUAUAUCCUUAAUUCCUCUCUGUAUACAGUAUUAUAAAAAGUGGGUUCAGCUGAUAAAGUAGCUGAUAUUGUGUGGAAUGGCUGUCAUGGCUAUUUACUUUUAAUUUCAUAAGAUACAGCUCAGUACAAAAUUGUAUAUGCAUUAUUUAUUUGCAAACUAUUAUAUUCACAGAUGACAGUGUGUGCUAUAUAUUCAAUGAUCAAAAAACUUGCUAGUUUUGAAAUACGAGUUAAGGCUUUCUGAUGUUGAUUCAAACUCCACAAACUCAGGACAUUUGAAGUUAAGGCUGAUGAAACCUUAAGAAAUAUACCCUGUGAUCAGCAAGGAGGUUGUACAUUGUCACAGAUUGUGCUUACUGGCAACUUUGCCUCCAUGCACCCCCACUUUUCCUUGGUCUUUCAGGCCCAAUCCUGCAAGGGAGGAUGGAGUGCCUGGGGCCCGCAAAAAUACCCAACAUUGUACUGGUUUUGUAUUACCGUAUUACUUAGUUUAUGAAAAGAAAAUAUAUUGAAAUAAUGGGUUCUGCUAAAUAGAGAAGUAAUGGUUUCAUAACUGUUAAUUGUUGUAGUAGCCCUGUGGUAUUUUCAAUGUGGGGAAUGAUUCUGCAAAAGCAAAACACAAACAAGCUAGUAGCUGUGUAGAAAUAAGCAAAUGAAUAGGUUUUACCCUCUGUGUUCAGAAAAGUUUGCUUCUGAGUAAGUCUGCACAGGGUGGUAAUAUCCUCUCUUGCUCAGUAAUCUUGCUGCCUGGCAGACUGACUCCCUGAGACCUUAAAAGUUAACUUGCUGUUUACUUCGCUCCUGCCUUUCUCCCAAUAUGAGGAGAACACUAGGUGGUAGGCAGGGGGUAGGGGUGGGUUUAAGUAUGGGGUGUGUAUCGAGAUUGUGUGUGGAAUUCUGUGUCUGUUUCUGUGGUGGUGCUUUAAGUGUGAAGCAAAGGAUAUGUGGGGGCAGUUUCAGUGUGGGGUGGAGUGUGUGGAAGUGGGUUCACUGUGGGAUAGGGCAGGCUUAUGCAUGCUCCACCAAUGCAUGUGAUGACAUGGAACAUAAGCCCUGUGCCUGUACUUGUUUACCAUGGACUUUAAUGAGAGAGGAAAUCUUAAUAACUUUUGAGUAGCUUUUCAGAACUUCACCAAGCCAGUGGAAGUGAGGGCUCCACAAGAAGCCUGAAUGAAAUAGAUCAGCAAGUUUCACCAAAACUGGAAAGAAUCGUUAUUUAUUAUAUUUCUUAGUUGACCUUUAAAAUAAAGUCUCAGGGCAGAUUACAAAAAUGUAAAAACUCUGUAUUGAAAUCAGUUAUACAGUAUGUGGUCUUAAUAGCAGAAGGCCACAACUCAGUGCCUUGCAUGCAAAAGGCCCCAGGUUCAGUCCUUUAUGGCAUCUCCAGUUAGGACUGGGAGAGACUGAAAUACUGGAGAGUCCCUGUCAGUCAGUGCAGACAAUAAUGAGUUGAAUAGACCAGUGGGUUUGGCUCAGUAUAAGGCAACUUCCUAUGUUCCUAAAGAGCAGGGGACAGGGCAAAGUGUAAAUUUUCAGCACUUCUCGACUUACUCUGUUAUCUGUGGCAACCUUUUUCAGGUCAGUUAGAAAUUUGGCACUUUCAUAGACCUCUUCAGCCUAGACAACGUAAGCCAAGUUAUUAGCUCAACAGACAGCAUUUUUAUAAGCUAUAGAAUUUUGAGGCUUACAAUGAAAGAACCUCCUGUGCUUCUAUAAUAUAUGUUAAUAUACUGUAGAACAUUGUCUAUUUGAUUAAUGUUGAGGAUAAAUCUUAUUGCAUUGAUUUUCUUCUUAAACAAGAUAUCUUUAUGAACCUUGUCUUGAUCAACCCUAUUUUCCAAUAAUAAUAACACAACUUAAACUAUUGGAAACUGGUACUCAAAGGAGAGAGAAAAUUGUAUUUCUAAUGUGAAAUUACACUAAGGAGAAAAGGUGUGGCACUGUUCUUUUAUUUUAAGUACCUCAUUUUCUAGUAAUGGAAUUGUGUAGGAGUUUUGUGACCUUCCUGAAAAUGGGUGUAGGGGCUAGAGUUUGAACAUGAAAUGUGUAAUUGUGCACUGAACAUGCACAUCAAGUUUCAUUCCUUGCCUCUGUUAUGCUUGAAAACUUGGAAUGUUUACACAGGUAGAGAACAUUCUCUUCCUGCCCCCCCCCCCCACUUAACCAGGUUUCUCUUGGGUUUUGGUAGACAAUAGGUGGACUUGCCAGUGAUAAAUUGCUUGUGUCUUGUGCUUCUCUGUGUCUUGUGUCUUUGUGACAAGCUAUCUCAUGUCCUGGAUGAUAAUUGACUAUAUUUAGAAGUCAGCCUAACAUUUGUGAAGCUUCUUAUUCCGCACGGAGAAUUUAUUGUUCCCUCUCAUUCUUAUCUCAACAUUCCGUCCAUCAAGUUUCAUCCCUACAGUUUUUCUUUUUCUUUCACCUCACAGUUUAUUUGUUAUAGCUUUAGCAAGGGACAUAUUUUUUCAAAAAGUAAAAACAUAGCCAUCAUAACACUAAUACAAAAUUAAAUGCUACACAACACAAUAAAAGAACAGUAAUGUUAAAAAAAGUAUUGUUAACGCCUGAGUUAUUUGUUGCCAGAUAGAUAAAUCCAAUAACAAUUGUAGAAUGUUUAUUAUACAGCAAAAUUGAAUGAAGAUUCAUUGUUGUAUCUACAUUUUAAGUGAAAAUCAAAAUUCUGUACCAAGCUGACAUACGGUUAUUCUUCCUUAUGUCAGAAUGGCUGAUGUCAUUGGGUGACUGAAGUAAUGCUGUAAUCCAGGGAUGGACAAAUUUUUUUCACCCCAUGGAUUACCGGUACACUCCCUUCUGAGGAACCCUUCUGAGAGCCACGCCUAAGUGGUGGGUGUUUUACAAGAGGCAAACGGUGGGGGAAAAUAUGUAAACAUAUUUACAAGCUAGCUUGUGGGCCAAAGGCCUGCCUAAAGAAAACAAGACAAGGCAGAUGCCAGAGUGGACUCAUCCAUAGGCCAGAGGAACAGCUUUUGGGAUAUUGUUUCCUGCCAGAAAUGUUACCCUGGCCAGGAGACCAAGAAAGAACAUCAUGGUAAGGGGGACCCAGAUCUGGCCCUUGCUUUCUUUUUCUAGUCUUAACCUUCUUUUAUUUCAUGUUUUUGUCUCUUAUAUGUUGAGUCUGCAGGAAGGGGCUGCUUAGAAAUUUUUAGGGUGCUUUACAAAUGUUAAAUAGUUUUUAAAAAAUUGUUUGCAACAUUUCAAACCCUAACAUUAUGCUUUUUAAAUCAUUGACAGCUAGAAGCCGCCUACGUGUGCCUUGAACUACAAUGACAUCAUGGCAAGAUUUCGCAGGAGAACGUGCAUCAUUCUGGUGCUCUUUAUUUUAUUCAUAUGCUCCAUAAUGAUGGCCUUGAAAACUUUGAGACCUGAAAGAGCUGGGUUUGGAGAUCCAUUUGGCCUUGGCCUGUUACCAGAUUUUCAGCAACGAACAACACAUUUAAGAAAUAAGUUCAAUGUGCAGAGCGGAGCUAAGGAAGAAAGUUUCACGCAUGCAAAAAAUGUUCACCCUUUAACAAUGAACUUAAAAAAAACCACCGUUUCUGUAAGGAAGCUAGAAGAACAUCUGCCUUCCCCAAAUUACAACUUUCAUGUGUUUUACUACAGCUGGUAUGGGACACCACAGUUUGAUGGAAAAUAUAUUCACUGGAACCACCCAUUGUUAACACAUUGGGAUCCCAAAAUUGCAAGUGAUUAUCCAAAAGGAAGGCACAGUCCUCCGGAGGAUAUUGGCUCCAGCUUCUAUCCUGAACUUGGACCUUACAGCUCCAAAGACCCUUCUGUCAUAGAAGAGCACAUGAAGCAGAUGAGCUCAGCUUCCAUUGGUAAAUGGUAUUUUAUUUUUCUGUAUGGCAUUAAGCGUUUUGAAUUCAGAGCUUUGGUGUGAUAAGUCACUUUCCCCCUUCUUUGAGCUGAAACUGAAUUGUGAGAAAGUCUUACAUAAUUUCCCCAUUAUUAACUGUGUUCUCCAUGACAUAUGACAAUUAGGAUGAAUCACAAAUGUCUUUUCUCAGGGAUUGAGUAAAAAUAUAUUGAAACCAGGAACUUGGAAGGUAACUACGUGGACUAUCACCUUCUACUAGGCUUGUGACCUAUUCUGUUUAGCUAAACUAUGGCUUGCUUGUACACCUGUACUGAAAUUUACUCACUAAUCAUGGAUUUUGUGAGUUGACGAAGGAGGAUCCAUAAGCACAGUUUGAAGCUGGCUUUUCAGCUGCAGUUUGAACUAACUGGUUUCUUACUGAAGCUUGGGCAUUCAGGUUUGUUCAGCCACUCCCUUGGAUGGCCACCUGAUUAUAGAGGCAGAAGGGCAGAGCAGCUGAAAAAUGAAACCGCUUCAACCAUGUAUUCAGUGGCUAAUGCUGGUAGUUUUGCAGAGCUCAACUUCUGUCCUCUGUCUGCUUGGCAACACCCCAUCCACUGUUCACCUCCCCAAACAUUUUUAAUGAUGUUUACUUAAGUCAUCUUAAAACACAAUUUUAAGGCUGUUUAACAGAUACAGUUGCACUUCCCCUAUUCCUGCAAACAGACAAUUUUUUACACUUUGCUUUGCCUUGCCUCUCAUUCUCAAAAAAAUUAAAUAUGACCUAUGCAUCUCCUCUCCAUCAGCAUUCCCUUGAUUUCUGUUCUUAGAGACAGAUACAAACAGAGGUGAUUGUUGCAUGAUUCAUACUUUACUGGCCCAGAAAUGAGUUGGAAUUGUAUACAGAGGUACCUCUGGUUACGAACUUAAUCCGUUCCGGAGGUCCAUUUGUAACCCAAAACAGCUCAUAACAUGAGGCGCGCUUUCAGUAAUGGAGCCUCCUGCUGCUUCCGCGUUGCCAGCACACAACUUCCGCUCACAUCCCGAGGCAAAGGUCGCAACCGGGAACAUCUACUUCUGGGUUAGCGGAGCUCAUAACCCGCAGCGUUCGCAAGGGGGACGGUACGUAACACAAGGUUCCACUGUAAAAGGAGCCAUAUUGUCCCCACAGGCUGGUUUCCUCUGUCUGUUAAGGUUCUAUUCCAACCAUUAGGCAUGAAAAGGGUAUAGACCUACCCUGUUCUACCACCUGAUAGUGUAAGGAUUAUUUUUUGCCCAUUCUUAAAAAUUAGUCAAACAAACAAUAAAGCUAGUACAGUAGUGAUUUAAUUGGUGACUUGGAGAUACUUGAAGAUAGCUAAAGAAACUCAAUUUUAUUGGCUUAUGUGUUGAAAUGUUUGAUACUGAAAUCUCAGAGUAGUUGUACAUGCUUUGUUUGCUAAAUUGCUUUUUUAAAAAGACAUUCAAUACAAAUUGGUUAAACAUCACCAUAGGUAAAAUGUAUAUUUUGUUCCUUAGGGGUAUUGGCCCUUUCUUGGUACCCACCUGGAAUGGGUGAUGAAAAUGGAGAACCUGUUGAUGCCCUGGUACCAACAAUUUUGGAUAUUGCACAUAAGUACAAAUUAAAGGUACACUAUUUGAAGUUUUAGACUUGUCAAAGUUGUAGAUAUGAUGGACUGAUUGUUCUAAAGUUAGACACUCUGCACAGUUGUCCUAUCGGAAAUUGAGGAGUUGAGUUAAUUGCAUGUAAUUUCAUUUGGCUAAGGUGCUGCUGCCCAAACUCCCUCCCCACCAAUGAACCAAUCAAAAAUUGUUGAUGGUCUUGACAGAGCACUUAACGAUUUUUUUCCCUGAGUGUUAUAGCAAUUGGAAUGUGCUGUGCUGGAUGCUGUAUGAUUUUUAAUCAUGUUUUUAUUGCUCCUUUUAUUUCUUGUAUUACAAUUGGGAUAUAAGGAGGAAAAGAAGCAAUAAAAUACAAUGGAAAAUAAAUAUGAAUAUUUAAUAUGGACAUUCCACAGACCACAUAAACAAAGCUUGCAGGCCACUAGUGGUUCACAGACCACAGCUUGAGAAUUCCAAGCUAAGGAAUGUUUGGUGAAGUGCUACAUUGAUAGAACUAGGAAACAGCCUAGUGUUGUGUAUCCAGUUUAGCUACAGUAUCUUACACUAUUGUAGCUAAAGAGCAACUUUCUGUGUAUACAUGUCUACUCUGAAGUACCACUGAAUUCAUAGGCUACAAUGCAUGCCCAUUAACCUGUGAGUCACUUCCACUGAAUCCAGUGCACAGUUUGCAUACAAUGGUGCACUGGGUGCUUCUGGAAACACUCAUAGGAUUGUGCUUUUAGUGCCUGGCAAAUGAGGUGCAGCCAUUUUUCUGUAUAUUUCUUGCUAGGCUUACAAUACCACAAAAGCAACUCUUUAGUUGGUACUUCUACCUCAGAUAUGGGGAACUUUUAGCCUUCCAGAUGUUACUGAAUUACAACCAUUGGCCAGGAUGAUUAGAGUUAUUGUUUGUUUGUUUGUUUGUUUUGCUUUGUUUGCUACUAUACUGUGUAUUUUUGUGUGUUUUUUAUUGUGAUCUUCAGAUGAAUGGUGGUAUAGAAAUUUAAUAAAUAAUAGUAACAUUUGGAGGGUCAAAGGUUCCCCACACCCGUUAGAAAUGCAAUUUAUAUUAAUCACAGUUACAUUUUUGUUGUGGUUGUUGUGUAGGAGUAUAUUUGAGUUACUUUGCAUGCACUUCUAUUGGCUUUACAUUAUUCUGUUGAAUUGUGAAUUAUAAUAGAGUGCUAUGUUGCACUAACACUUGGAACAUUUUGCUCCUUGUUUAAGUUCAUAACUCUCCUGGGUUGAAUUGCUUGGAGUUUUCAUUCUUGCUUGCAUUGCCCUUGCUAGGUUUCUGUCUCAUGAUGCACUUUAAAGUAAAGCUGCAUCUGAAACAAAUGCAGUUCCCAAAGGGUUUGUGCAGGCUGUACAUUUUAUCUCCUUACUUCAUAAUCUUGGAUACAAAUCUUGACCAAAUUCCAAUUGCCUAUUCUUAAUUCAUUUGGUUUCCAAAUGAAUACCACAACCUAGUGAUAGGACUGAAAGUUAUAUUUAUCACAGUUUGUCUAAAGUGACUUUAUCACAACUGGUAUCUCUGUAAGUGCCAGCUAAUUGCAUUGUCAUGCAUAAUUGUGUUAUAUGUGGUUCAGCUGUUUCGAAGAACUACCUCUGGAGUGGGUGGUAAGAUGUACUAAACUGGUGGCUUGUGCAAGCUUUUGAUGGAAACAGCCUUCAGUGGUUUCCUGCAGUCUUCCGAUCCUCAGAGGGUUCUAUACUGGGGAGGAGAAGGCAGGAAAACCUUACAGCUUCUGCUUGUGCAACUAUGGCUCAAACACAGAAUAUUUAGACUCAAAAUGGAGAUUUCAAGAAUAACUUCUGCAAACCUUGGUAUUCCCCUAAGCCUGCUGAUACCUCCCUUCUGUUCAUAGACAGUAAUGUUUUGACUGGUGAUACACACUCACCUUUGAACUUCAUAAAUAGAAGUAUUUGACCUUCACUAUGUUGAGAUUAUUCAGUCAUUUAAAAACACCUAUCUAAUAUUUCAUUUUUUUUAGGUCACUUUCCAUAUUGAGCCAUACAAAGAUAGAGACGAUCGCAGUAUGUACAGCAACAUCAAGUAUAUCAUAGACAAGUAAGCACUUCCUCAAGUAUUUGAAUGAUGAUGUUACGACUUAACUCUGUCCAGUGUUUUUCAUGUGAUUUUGUUUCAUUGUGCAGCACACUAUCAAUUAACGUUCUUAAUCCACACAAAUAGCUCUGCUUCUUGUUCAAAUCACCUGACUUUUCUCUGCCUGUUCAAGUCAGAGAGAUUUGGUUCAACUGCCAGUUUUGUUAUCUUUAUUGCUGUGUCUUAAGGCUAUUUUUCAUGCUUUCUGCCUUGCUAGACCUUUAGUUAGCCUUGACUAGCUGAAGUAUCAUGAAAUAUGAAAUUAGAAGCAAAGCAAUAGAAUAUUUUUUUCUUCAUAGUGUGGAAAUGACUAAUUUAAAUAAAAUUAAUUGUGCAUAACUACAUUGGCAAAUGUACAUCCUUUACUAUAUCUAUUGUUGAUGAUGCCACAUUUGAAUGGAAAUAAAUUUGGGAAGAGCAAACAACACUGCUUAACACCAAUGAUACAAAAAUGAAGGCUAUUUACUUUAUAUUGGUUACUUUCUUUCCUUUCUAGAUAUGGAGCCCAUCCAGCCUUUUACAGACAUAAAGUCAGCACAGGUAGAACCCUUCCCAUGUUUUAUGUCUACGAUUCUUAUAUAACAAUCCCUGAAAUGUGGGCAAAUCUGCUUACUGUCUCUGGCUCCCAGAGUAUACGCAAUACACCCUAUGAUAGCUUAUUCAUUGCCCUUCUUGUGGAAGAAAAACACAAGCAUGAAAUCCAUAGAAGUGGCUUUGACGGAAUUUAUACAUAUUUUGCCACCAACGGCUUCUCCUACGGCUCAAGCCAUCACAACUGGCCAAGUUUGAAAGCCUUUUGUGACACAAAAAACUUGCUGUUUAUUCCAAGCGUCGGCCCAGGCUAUGUAGACACCAGCAUUCGACCAUGGAACAGCCACAACACACGGAACCGCGUCAAUGGCAAAUACUAUGAGACUGCGUUCAGCGCUGCACUUCUGGUACGCCCUGAAAUAAUCUCUAUCACCUCUUUCAAUGAAUGGCAUGAAGGAACUCAGAUUGAAAAGGCCAUUCCGAAGAGGACUGGAAAGACAAUUUACCUCGACUAUCAGCCACAUAAGCCAAAUAUUUAUCUGGAGCUCACUCGUAAGUGGUCUGAAAAAUACAGCAAAGAAAAAGAGCAGUGGCUUACAUGAGGUGCAUUUCCACUUGGCAGUUCCAUGAUGGGGCCAUCGCUGUGUCUCGCUGAUAAAUCAAGAACUUUUUAAUUUGUGAGGAUAUCGUCUGCACUAUUGCUAUAGCUUUCCGAAGAGAAAAUGUUCACUUUUAGAGUAAUGAUAACAAUGGCAAGCAAUAUUAGCCCCUCGGGUUCUUAUAAUACAUUGAUAGUGCUAAAUACUGUCCCUUUUAAUGUUCUGUAUAUCACCAGUACACUGUCUAGAAUAUUUGAUUUAUAACACUAGUAGUAUGAUACAGAGCUUAUUCCAGCUAAAACAGUUGCUUAGGGUCUCUGUACCCAGCUGGAAUUCUGAGCUUUCCCCGUUCCUGAAGAAUUCCCUCAAAGUGAGAAAACCUCAGAAACAACUUCCAGUGCAAGGUGAGGAGGUGUGCAAAAACAAAACAAAUCCUUGCACUCGAAUGGAAACCACUGUGGUGCACUUAAAUGUGCUCCUUAGGUCAGGCCCUUUAAAGAACCAUGAACAAAACCUUUUACAACAGUUUCUUAAAUAUUAAUUUGUAUAUGAGGCGUGAAGCAUCUUUUCCAGUGGGAAAGUAGAGAACUCACCAAGGAACCUUCCAGAACAAGAAUCACUUUUUUAAAAAUGUAUUGGAGCUGCAGAAGAACAUUGCCUGAUUUUCCUAUGCUACUCCCAUUCAUUGCAAUUCAAACCACAGGAAUUGGUGGUAGGUGCCCGUGAUGUAUAUUAUAUAUUUUGUUGAAAAAUAAACAUGUUCUCCUUAUUUUUUGCACUUACUUUGGUAGAAAUAAUGAGUGAACUAAAAUUAUCAUGAUAAUCAUAAUUAGUAAUUGUCUCAGUUAGGUUUUUCAAAGGCACAUUUACUCAUUUUGUUUGGCAUUGCCGCAUGAGCAGAACACUCAGUUUGCUUUGCUUUAGAUCCUAAAUACAGGAAUUUAUUUUCAAAGAAGGAAAAUGUUUUUGAGUGCUUAGAAUGUUUAGCAGGAUUUAACUUUUUAGAGUACAGACUCAGAAAACAAUAAUUCGGAAUAGUAUAAAUUGUUGGUUGUGAGCAUUUGUAGCAGCUUUAAAAAUGUCCUUUUAAAAGAAUUGUAUAUCCCCAGUGUGGUGUUAAUAUCUAUUCCAUGUGAAAUUGGAGACACCCAACUUUGGAUAGUAAAGACUGUGUUCUUCCAAACACACUGCCAGCUGCAGUCUGGGGUGAGCGGACUAUAACAUGAGAGCACCUGGGCUUUGAAUCAUUUCUCACUAAUGGGCUACUGGAUGUUGUGAUUUUCAGUGAGUGCCUUAUUAUCUCCAAAUUGAAAGUGCCUCUCUAAUGUGCUCCCUAGACACUUAUCCAAAGCUAAUAUAGCAAACACACAAGCUGGAUUCAUUGUCUUAUUUUAUGAGUUUGGUUCUGCAGUUGUUGUUUUUUUUAAAAAACUAUAUUAUGCUGCAGGCAAAAGGAUUUGCCCUUCCCUUUUUUGCCCAGGGAUGGGCAACCCCAUCCCUAUAGUGUUACUGGAAAUUGAGCUUAACAAAACAAAUUAUUUUCUGUUUUUAAUUUGUUUUUAUUCUGAACCAAAUUCCGAGCCCAGCUUGCAGCUGCUGUGCUUCCAGUAACAUCACCAGGAGUGUGACAAAGCCCAAGCAAUUUCCUCCACAAGCCCCUGUAGCUUGGUCCACUAUGUAAUUUGGUGGUUGCAACAUAGGAAGGCUUCCUGUAUGCUUUCCUUCUUUCCUAGCAUCUUGCUAAGAAAUGUAAUUAUUUCAAGAAGCCCAAGUCCUUUGAACAGACCAUUGUGUGCCCAGGAAACAUCCUACAGUUUCAGUAGGAGUAGCCUACUGAAGGCCUCUGUACCGUUGUUGUAGCUGCCAGGCCAAGUAAGUGGGAAGGAAGGAAAAGCUGGAAAACAACUUGUAGAGGUAUAAUCCAAAGCAGUUCUGCAAGGCCCAUCCCUUUUUAAGCUACUGAUAAAUGGUUUUUGGAGUUCAUGCAGAUGAGAUCCAGAUGUUUAUUUUCCCCUCCUAAAAUACACUCAUUGUUAGUGACUUUGCAAAUACGGACAAUUUCAAGGCUUUUUGAUAUAGAUGAUAGAUAGAUAGAUAGAUAGAUAGAUAGAUAGAUAGAUAGAUAGAUAGCAGAUUGAACCAAGGACACCAGCCAAGCUGAAAUGGAUUGUUUAUUACCACUUUUGUAACAAUUUGCACAAAAUUAAAUUAAAAAUCUUCUGGUACAUGCACUUCUCUGCCUUUCAGGUCAUGGUAACUGAUUUUUUGGCAGACCUUCACUGCAGGGCCAUGAAUGGGUAUUCAUACACUGAUGGUAUAGCUAGAAUGUGAGGAUUAAUUACUUAGGUUCUGUUCAUUCAUCCACCCACCCACCCAAUUUAUAAGAGUAGCUAAUACGAUGGAAAAUACUGUGAGCUGCACUUUAUCCAUCCCAAAUAGGCCGUAGUUUAGAGGUAAGGCACACACAUCCACUUGGGUGCAUUGUGCUUCCCAUAUGUCAAUAUUAACUUUUAAAAUUUGUUGUGAAACUCAGUGUUCAUCAGUGAAAGAGCUUUACCAACACUGGCUUUGCCUUUGGGGAUGAAUUGAUGGCUGUUUGUUAAUCGUGGCACUUACUAAUUACUAUUUGAAUUAGUUGUAUGAAGUCCCAUAUAGUAACAAAAUGAAACAAAAUCAAGCUCAAAAAUAAGACAGUAACUUGGAACUUGUCACUUGUCCCAAAUUCUGUGCAUGGCAACUCAUUAAUUGAAUUUGAUUUUCUUACAGCACAAUUCUGUCCUUGUUUACUCAGCAGUAAAUCCCACUGAGUUCAGUGGAGCUGAAUAGGCGUGCACAGAAUUUCGAUGUUGAUGCCUUCAGAUUUCCUAGAAUCAUUAUAUGCCCUUAAACCUGGGGCUGGGGAACCUAUAGCCUUCUAGAUAUUGUUCAGCCCCAACCCUUGUCAGCCCUAGUCGGUAUGGCCAGCAGUCCAAAGUUGAUGUGGUAUUGUUGUCCAGCAAAAUCUAGAAGGCCCCUUCUUUGCCUUAUGGUGUAUUUAAAGUAAUGCUUUCAAAUUAUCAUGAUCAGUUAAAUUUUGGAGUAAUAAUGGUUUGAAACCAGUUUUGCUACUACUGCUUAGGCACUUUAGACAUCUAAUCAAUUUUGUUUAAAAACCAUAUUGCGUUUCUUAAAAGAAAAUCGCAACAUAAGCUUUUAAAUAUUUUUUCUCCAUUUAUUUCAUUAUAAUUCUGCUAAGGGCUGUGAUCCAAAGCAACAGAUGUAGUGCUGCAUACACAGCUGCAACUUGUAGUCUAUAGCUCUGCUCAAAUAACUGCAUUUAAAGUGAAAACUGACUUGUCUUUACAGCAGUGUGAGCAGUUCAGGAUCUGAAGGAGCUUCCAGCUUAAGUGUGCACACUUCUCCCCAGGAUACCCUAAUAGCUUCACUAUUUUCCCACCUAGGGCUUCAGGGCAUCUGCAAAAUGGUCCCGGUGUCAGCUAGAGAAUUUUUUGGCAAUCAUUUUCCUUUCCAAAUUUGAAAUUUUGAAAGGAGGCAACUUUGAAGUAUUUUGUUCAUUUGAAGUAGAUUUUUUUUCAGACAUAGUUCUUUCUUCUCUCUGCUGCUGCUGCCUAGCAGAUAGUUUAUACUUGCUUUUGCAGUUCUAAUCACAAUGAGAUUUCUUCACCUUAUCUCACAGAACUGUUAUAUUCACAUAGCAUAUACAUAAUAUGGAGAGUUGAAUGCAGAUCUAAUCUGACACUCUUGCUUUCACUGCUAAAUAUGUGGUUGGGGUGCAUAGAGUGUUUGGAAAUUGUAACCGGGAAUUGGGGGGGGCAGGGCAGAGGAGGGAGAUCUGACAUUUGGGUAGAGGGCAUGUAGGAUACGUGAUGGGAAGUAAAUCGCAAGGAGUAUCCUUACAUAAUACAAUUUGGUCCAUUGGUGAAUACCACUGAGAAGUGAGAGCUUUUAUUCUCAGAAGUACAGCAAGGCUUGGAAAGCACAUAAAGGAAGCUUGUACUCAAGACAUUUUCAUAUACUUAGGUUCAGGUCACUUGUAUAGUUCCACUUGGAUUUGCAAUGAGUUAGACAGACAACUGUUGCAAGUACAGUCAAAUAAGUUUGAAUCACACUUCUUCAGUAAUCUUUUAAAACCCUGCACCAGAGUUUUUAAGAUAAUAAUACUGUCUGCAGACUAAGGAACAGACCUCACUGCAUGAUUCAUACUAUAGUAAGCCACUGUCACAUGGUGACUAUGAGGAAGGAAAGUCUGAAUUCCAGAGUGGUUGAUUUAGAGCUUAAAGGGCUCAUCUGCAGGGCUACAGGUUUUUACAAAUCGCAACCUAGCUUGCAAAUUCCGUUCUCUUCUGUCCGAAUUAAGUGUGUGUCUCAACAGUUGUUUCAAUUAUACGAUAAUAAGGUCUGCUUUAUGAGAAAUGAAAUUAUUCUAAUUUACUUUUAAAUAAAUAGUUGUAAGGCUUUUAAUGUGCACAGUGUUAGUAUGAAUACAUGAAUGAGAAGUUAGACAGCGUAUUGUACACACCUAUACUGAAAAUAUGAAACGUACUCUGUAUGCUAUGAAAAAAGAACACUGCAGGAACACUGUUCUUGGAGUAAAAGUUCAUGUGAUUUGUAUUUUCUGAAAUGUUCAUUCUGCCUCUUAUUUGCCAGGGAUUUCUUUGAACUUCAGUGGAAAGCAUACUGAAUAGCUUAAUACAUACUUUCUUUGGUGAAACAUUUGUUAAUAUAUGCUGAAGCUGUUUUGGAAGCCCAGCUCACAUUUCAAAAAACUGAACCAUCAAAAGCUAUGUAAGGACACAAUCCUACAGCUGAUUAAGGGCUGAGGAGUCACCAGAAGUGACGUAAGUGCCAUUCUGGAGGCAUGGUACUUAUGCUCCCAGAGGACCCCUGAUACACCUGUGGAAAACUCUGUGGGCAUAGAAUUUAUGCUGGUUCUCUGGCAUCAAGCAGAGAGGUGUGGGACACUGGGUCAGGAUGUGGUGCAGCAGCUAGGAGUCCACAGGACACUCCUUCCCAGACAGGUUCCCCAGAGGAGUCUUUAAUUAUACCAUUCCUGGAGCUGGUGUAGUUAAUCAUUCCCAUUGAAAUGGUUGGGGGGAAAGGUAGAGAAAAGCUUGCCAGCCACCUUCUGUCCUGACUUCAGCAAGUUGAUGGGGCUUAGGAAGUGGUUGGAGCUUCCCCAAAGAAUCUUCACAGCCACACACAUGCACAACCAUUACCAUAGGAUUUUUCUGCUCAUGUGUUGUAAUUGGUACAAUAAUGCUUGAGUGAAAAGUGUGGUAUGUUUUGUGAUAGGUUUCUCUUACCUUUUCCCCUUUGUUUUAGCUAAAUAAGGCACAAUUGCUUUCUUUUGUUUUUCUGGAGAAAUGUGUUGGAAGAACCCUCCACAUAAAAAUAAUAUUGUGCAUACAUACUGUAAACAUUAGGUUGAUUAAUUGUGAAUGUGUUCCGGCUUAAGCAAAUUGUGUUAAUUUUCCCACUGUAUGCCUUAAUGAGCUAAUUGAACAACCCAUACUUUCUUUCUGGGACUAAUUUAGAUCACUCCCUCCUGCUCUAGAGGGAAGAGUUUGUAUGGAAGAGAUUGAUGCUUGGUAGGUUGCUCAAGAACCAGUCAGUGAAAUAUGUGUAGCAUAGGCUAUGGCUUGCAUUGGAGUCAAAAUUACAUUGUCUAAGCCAUGAUAUUUGGAUCCAAAGUUUUUCUUAGUGCAGAACAAUCCUUACGUGUUAUGCUUCCAUGAGCAUCACCAACUUUAACAACAAUUUGACAUCCACCUUGAAUUAAAUUUGUUGUAUUGAAUGCUGCAAUUCUUUCUCAGCUCAAUUGGUGAGUUGGGAUUUUGUGGAAGAUCAUUUUCCUGGGUUUGAAUGUUGCAGAUAAUUUCUAGUGUUCAUGCCCGCUGAUGGAUAUCCGUCAACUGUGUUUUCCUUUUCUGUCAGUUGGGAUGAAGAUAUUAUAUGCAAGAGCAUUGCAAAAGUCCCAAGUGAGCUAGAAAUUAUGCCCUUAGCUCAAAAAGUCCUCUUCUUUUUUCUGUCAUAUCAUUCCUUCUCUUGUUUACCUUCCCUGCCAACUGUAUAACUUUGAAGUUAUUCCUGUGCAAUUUAAUUUUAAAGUUAACAAAUUUGGUUCAUGCUCCUUUGUGCGGGAAAGUCACUGUAACUCAGCAACAGGUAUAUGAAUAUGUGGGUUUGUUUUGAAAGUUUAUAGCAGUGGGGUUGAGAGGAGAGCUAAACAAGAUAAUGCUAGACCAUUUCUUUCUUUUAAAAUAAUAGCUGGAGCUGCAAUAGUUGGGAAUUUUCAAGCAUAUGACAUUAUUCUUUAAUUGUUCAACAUAAAGCACCACCCAUUUUUUUUAAAGUACAAUGAGCAUACUUGUAUGAUCCAGCUGCUGCAGAACUGUAGCUCUUUAUAUUGCAGGUGGAGAAUAAGUUACCUGCAGUAAACAAAUCUUUUGCACAUUCAAAAAUAGAAUUUAGGGAGAGUUCUGGUUUUGGUAUGUACAGGGAGGUUGUGGUGUGUUUAUGUGGAGACAUAUUCAAAAAUUCAGUUUCCAACUAGCAGUCUCCAGUGGUAACGGUCCAGCAACAAAUACACCACACAUGGAGUUUCUCUCUUAGUUUAAUACGUAAUUUGAAUCACUAUUAAUUGCUUGACUAUUUUUCCAGCAUUUUUCCAAAAUAUGAACAAUAAUUAUGAACUGUAUUUAUGUACUGUUAUGUUUGCAAAUGUUUCUUGACUGUUAGAGGCUUUUAUGGAGAAUAAGUGCCUUUUUAAAGUACUGUAUGCAUUUUACUAGAUAUUGACCCUUAGUGCUGUUAAGCAUUGUUUAAUUUUUCGAUGGGCAUCCAAUGCACUUCUGAGUAAAAAGCCCACACAGUUGCAUGUCAGUUACAAAUGGUGCAUGCAUGUUCACAAUGACACGUUCAUACUUUCAUUUAAACGCCUUCCUCUGCAGAAAGGGUAUAGUAUACAUGCGCCCCUGGGGAAAGACUUGAGUUCCUACUUCAACUUAACAUUAUACAUUAUUCACAAUAGAUGUGGCAUGCUUUUAUUUUGUAUUUGAGUUCCUGUACCUGACUACAAAAAGUAAAGCACAAGAAACAGUCACAACGGAGUUUAAUCUUCCGAGUUGCCUGCUUUAUUGACUUGCUUUGUAGCAUUCACUUACACUGAAAUCCAUUUUCUAUAGCUACUCUUCAGUUUAUGUGCCCUAAAAAACAAAGGCAAUGGGGUAUAACAGCAACAUUUCUUAUUUCCAAGAUUUAUAGUUUAGCUGAAUACAUUUCAAUAUAUACAUCUUUGAAAGCUCAUUGGGGAACCAAUGGAUGAUGUGAAAUAAAACAUUUCCCUUAAGCUUUGGGUUUUUUAAAAGCUUCUCCCCUGCAUCUUCCCACUCUGCUGCAGAUUUUCUUCUACAUGGACUUUAUGUCCAGUAACAGCUGGCUGAAAUUACUUCACAUUUCUUAAACUGCAGCUUUAAAUAUACCUACUGGAGAGUAAGCCCCAUUGAAGAAAGUGGGACUUGUUUUUUUAUAAACACACAUUGAAUGUAUUGUCAAUCUGUUAUUAAAGGUUUAAAUAUGUGCAAUUAAUGCUUGUGAAGCUCGAUAAAACAGAGUUGGCAAACUUGCGAAAGGCAGAAAUAGGUAUGGCAAUGUGAGGUAUGAUUUGAGCCUGAGGAUUAGAAUUUUCUAGCUUCUUCCAAUCUAUAAAAUAGUGCAGACUCUAAUAUCUUAGUAUCUUUUGCUGAUAAAACUCCUUAAUUAUACUACACCCACAAUGGGAGCUAAAGGUGAAUGAGCCCUAUUCGGCAUUAUACAGAAAAUAUCCCCUAAGGGCCGCUUCAGAUGUUGCACACUCUACCCACAAUAUGAUAGUACUGCCAAACGUUGGACAAUCAUGGCUAAAAAGGAAUGUAUAUACAAUUGAAUAAUUGGCAUAUAACUAAAUAAUUACAUCAUUUAUUUGUAGAAGUAUUUUCUGCAUAGGAAAUAUCUGAGGUAUAUCUGCUUGGAAUGCAAUAAUAUGGUGUUCAACUUUUAAAACCAGAUCAUUGGGAUCUGCUAGCCUCAUUUAACUACCUGAAUCUUGUCCAGAUCCUUUAGUGAGCUUUUGUGAAGGCUUGAAGUUAAGAGCCUCAAGAAUCUAAGUUGGUUGACAUUAUUUUAACUUUGUAGGUUCAUGAAUUCCUAUGGUAGAGUGGAAGUUCACUCUCUUGUAGACCUAUAUAUCUUACAAGCUACUGAAAUAAACUAUAGGCUCCAAAACUUUAACCAAGGGCAAUUCAAAGUGUCACCUUCUAACUUCCUAUAAAAAAAGAAGAUUGUCUUCCUCUUUGAUUCAGUUUGUUAAUAUGUAAUCUAUAAGUGUUUGUAAACCCAGAGGGAGAACAAAAUAAUUAUUUUCCCCUUGUGUUUUCAUACAAUUUAGAAGCAUAAACUACUUGCAUCCUUAGUUAAAAUAAUACUUGCUUUAAAAAAUGUAAUUAUGCAAGGUGUGUACAUUUCUUUCUGUGGCACAUUAUCACUGUUAAACUGUUAAUGUAUUUUUGAUGUACUUUACUUUGUGCACCACUGAGCACCACUGAUUAUGUACAGUGUUUUGAUGUGUAAAACAUAUAAGUCUAAAAUACUAUGCAUGUCUCAGGAAAUGUAAUUUACAGAAAAUGCACUUCAAAAAUCGUAAAAUCCUGUUAAAUAGUAUGUAAUAUAAUUAACACUUGAACUAAGGACUGCAAACAAUUCUGGGCUAUGUGUUUUAACAAAUAAAAUUUCCAUUACCAUGUUUCUGU